CCUUGUCAGCAAGUGGUGCGCUUCCUCAGCUCACAGGCAGCUGCAAUGGAGAGAGGAUGUGAUGGAGGAAAUCUAGUAAUUUUACAAACAGAGCUAGCAAAUCGGUUGUACAAGCUACUCCUGCAUCAUAUUCAACAGUUUAUCUUCAACUCUGCUGGAGCUAUGCUCCUACUAUGCGAUUUGAACGAAUAUCGGAAAUGUGUGUCACAAUGGCGACUCGAACCAACAGCCUCACGACAAUUCGAGAGCUUACACGCUCUGGCAAAUCUGCUCGUUGUGCUGCCAGAGAAUCUCGCCGAUGCUGCGCAUAGCCCAAUGCUGGCGGACGUUGACCAUACGCUUAUACAAGAUUUCCUGAAACUUCGUCAGGAUUACAAAAAUCUUAAGGUUAAUGUUAAUUUAUAUUGA